UGUUUCCUUUAUUAACCCACAGCUAGAACGAACUCUGCCAGACGAAGGGUCCUGUCACAGAGAACGAGCUGAAUCAGACUAGACGUAUCAUUCCUGAGUGAUCUGAAUAUACCUCUGUAAUCAUCAUCAUGUGGGUUGAAGAUGAUUUGUAUCCAGGAAUUCCCUCUCUCGAGAGCUGUUCAGAGCCUGCUGAUGGGCAAAAGUACCGAAUGUAUCAUGGUACCUCUUCAGAAGCUGCUGAAAAAAUCAAGAAAAAUGGCUUUAGACCAUCUGCAGGUGGCAUGUUAGGGCGUGGUGUGUACCUCAGCCGAGAUCUGAAUAAGGCCAGUAGAUACCCUUUGGAUUUGCCUGAGCACCAGAGAGUUGUUAUAAGGGUGAGAGUCAAUGUUGGAAGAGUGAAGAAAAUUGAUCGUCAAGGUCAUCCAAUGCAGAAAACUUGGCAUGAUUAUGGCUAUGACACUGCUUGGUGUCCUCCUGGAUGUGGCAUGGUUCGAAGCGGUCUGGAAGAAGAUUGUGUGUGGGAUCCAAGUCGUAUUGAAUUCCUUGACAUAAUUCGUCCAAGAUAUACAUCAGGACCAUUCUAUGACCCUGAAUAUACCUCUGUAAUCAUCAUCAUGUGGGUUGAGAAUGAUUUGCUUCCAGGAAUUCCCUGUCUCGAGAGCUAUUCAGAGCCUACUGAUGGGAAAGUGUACCGAAUGUAUCAUGGUACCUCUCCACUGGCUGCUGCCCAAAUCAUGCUCUAUGGCUUUAGUCAAUCUGAAGAUGGCAUGUUAGGGCGUGGUGUGUACCUCAGUCGAGAUCUGAAUAAGGCCAGUAGAUACCCUUUGAAUCUGCAUGAGUUCCAGAGAGUUGUUAUAGUUGUGAAAGUCAAUGUUGGGAGAGUGAAGAAAAUCGAUUAUCAAGGUCAUCCAAUGCAGAGAACCUGGCAUUAUCAUGGCUACGACACUGCUUGGUGUCCUCCUGGAUGUGGCAUGGUUCGAAGCGGUCUGGAAGAAGAUUGUGUGUGGGAUCCAAGACGUAUUGAAGUCAUUGAUAUAAUUCGUCCAAAGUCAACAUCAGGACCAUUCCAUGACUGCUAAAUUGUUGUGAAAAUA